AUGGAGCAGAGCCCCAUCGUGGUGAUCCUGCUGUGUGCCCUCUGCAUUCCAGCAACGCUUCCAUCAGAUCCCGAGCUUCCCUCAGAACUGGGACCAGGCUUGGACCUUCCCCCGGGAGCGGAGUCCAUCCCGCUGGGGCUGAAGCCCAUGGUGGCGGUGAACUCCACGCCCUGCAGCGUCACCUGCGGGCUGGGCGUCAAGCAGGAGCAGCUGUGCGAGGUCAGCCCGGCCGGGCAGCGCCGCAACUGCUCCCUGGUGCGCUCGCGCUGCCUCACCGACUGGAUCUGCGGCCUCCGGCACUUCAGCGUUCCCGAGGGAAAACCCUUCAAGCUCGUCUGCCUCUCCCCGGACGCCGCCAGCCUGGAGGGACCAAAUUUCGGCUACACCUGGAGGUUCGCCCGGGGGCUCAUCACCACCAACGACCUCCUGUUCCACCCUUUCCGCAAUCCCAGCCCUUCCCUGAGCUUCUCGCCGGCGCUGGAGUCGCAUUCCGGGACGUACCGCUGCGACGUGCAGGUGCUGAGCUCCUUCCAGCUCGUCAAGAGGAUCUACUUCGGCCUCAGGGUGAUCCCCAAGGAUCUGGUGGAUCUGGACUUCGAGAAAUCCCUGACCUGGGAGCAGCAGCUGGUGGCCAACGGGGAGGAACCACCGGGAAACGUCACGGGUGCCCCGGAGCAGCGGGAGAGCUUUUGGAAGAAGCAGUGGUUUUACGAGGCCGUGCUGGGAAUUGGGAGUGGGGUGAUCAUGGGGAUCCUGUUCAGCCUCGGGCUCUGCUGCCUGGGCAGGAUUUGCAGGAAAAGAGCAGCGCGAGAAAUGAACAAAGACUGA